AUGCAGUGCGCGAGUUUGGUUUUCUUUGAUCUUGAGACACCCGGGUUGAUCCAGGAGUUGGACAAGAAUGAUCCGCGAAGAGCCCCGAGGGUACGGCCGGGUGAUAAUCAACGAAGUGUCCAGCAAAUCUUUGAUCUUUACGAUCAAGCCGACCAAACCAAAGAAACUAAAAUCCCCAAGAUCAUGGAAUUGUCAAUGGUCGCGCUACCCAGAGAAGACUUCUUCCGUUGCAUCACGCAAGUCGCCGAACAACAUAAGGACGGAAAGAAGGAUUUUCGGUUAGAAAGAGUCGCCUGUCCAAUAAUAACAUUACAGUGCAAUCCAGGGUUGUCAGAAGCCCAAUGGGAACAAUACGACAAGCGAGGGCAGUAUAAAUGUAAGUCUGCCUAAAGAUUACUUAUAUAAUUACAGUUACGAAUCUGUUGAGAGAAGAUGUUGCCAAUAAGCUGACGUUCAGACAAAAUUGGCCCAUUAUCCGGAAUUUUCUUGACGUUUUACCAGCUCCAAUCGCUUUAAUAGCUCACAACGGAUUGAAUUUUGACUUCAGGAUUCUACUAAACGAACUGAAGAGGAAUGAUUUGAUGACCAGCCAAAUUUUCAAGGAGAAGGUCGUCUUUGCAGACACUCUUUUGGCAUUCCAAAGCAUCGAGAAGGCCCAUCACGCUGUUGUGCGGACGGUUACCGAGUCAAUUGAUUGGAGUCGAGGUAAGAAGUCCUCUUAUGUUGAUCUUGCUUUAGUUAGGCCACACUCCCCAGAGGAAAUGCAAGUGGAUGACUCUCAACAAGAAGCCCCGACGUCUUCCAUGUUUCAGGGGAACGAAGGAGAGGGAGAUAACGAAAAUACCAGACUGAAUGCUUCUACCAAUAGUAUACGAUCAGGACUAGAAGUUCUGGAUGAGUUUUUGGAUCCGGAUUUCUCCGAUGCGACUCCCACAGCUAGUAUCUUGAAACGCCCGGCAGCGCAUCAAUUGGGAUUAUUAACUCCAAAUAAACGGCCUCCCCCACCAAUUAAUCCUUGCAAAACUGCGCCACCGAAGUUUAAGUGAGUCCCUGAAAGUAAUAUCUAAAAAGUAAUACUUUUAUUUCAGUCUUCAAAGAGGCUUCUUCGAGAAAUGUGCACGAAAUAACCCUCUCAGGUUCAUGAAACACACUGAGUGGUCACCGGCAAAGGUCCACAGAAUACGUGAUGACUUUUUUAUGUAAGUUUGUGAUAGAUUGGUCAUGUUUAUUGUUUCCAACAUACAUUUUAUGUUUUUAGAAAACACGCAGAUGGAUCCUGGAGCUUCCACACACAAAAUGCCGAGAAAUACUUUGUCGAAAACGGGAGAUUCAAAUUGCAGCAGAUAUACAAAGAUGUUUUCCGAGCCGAUUACAAAGCGCACAUGGCCCAAGAAGAUUGCAUAGCUCUUCUUCAGGUCUGUUCGGCUUAUGGAAAGGACUUUCUGAAUUAUAUCGACACCUUUGCCAUGCCUUUAAGGCAAUACGAUCCAAUAUCUAAUUAA